GCAUCUUAAUUAUCUCAGGAAUGUCUGGAUAAUCUUGAUACUGUAUAUUACAGUAGUGACUACAGAUCCAACAAGACUGUAUACAUACAUGCUUUGUUACUCCGAGAUAUAGAUAUAGCAACGCUGAGCUCGAAACAUUGAUUAUUUGACAUGUCUGACCAUCACAGUGGAAAAGGUUAUACACCUUUACCGCAAAGUAUAAGCAAUACUGAUACCGAAGAUGAAGAAGAUUGUUUGGAUCAACCAAAUGAAGUACCUAAAGAUAAUGCCGAUGAUAUAUUGCCGCAAUCAACUACUAUCCAUGAAAAUGGAGCAUAUUAUCCAUUGGACGAGACAAGAAAUCUAGCAAAUCGUACAAAGAAUGGACAAAAUAUACUUAAAUAUUAUAGAGACGAUAUGCCUAUAAUGGUAGUUGAAGGCAAUGAUUUGUGGAAAAAACGUGAUAUGUCUCCUCUACGACGAUUUUGUUUAAUCGCUUCUGUAUUACUAUGUAUUACCACGAUAAUUGUAUUUCUGUACAUUCUGCCUUGCGAUAAUUCAAUGGUAUGCCCUUCGAUUAAUGAACCACAACCAUUUAUUUCCUGGGAUAAAACUCUACAAGGAGUGGAACUGAAUGGUCCUAUUACCGUUAUUCGUGGAAAUCCAUCGAACCUUAUAUUUCUUGUUCGUGGGCAACGAUAUAAAGGAAACGAUACAAAUGAUAAUCAGGGACAAAUAUCAGCCGAAGGAGGAGGAGUUAUGUCGAUGCAAGGGAACAGUGGUUUACCAUUGUGGUUGGUUUCUUUGAAAAGAUCACCGUCUGAAAUUGAUUGUAUUACAGUCGAUACUGACCGUUCAGGAAAACCAGACUGUAUAGUUGCCGGUGACCAAGGCCUUUUGGCUAGUAUCGAACCUAUCGCAGGCACCAUACACUGGAGUUCAAAAAUUCAUACAUUUGAAAGGUUACCUUUAAUUUUAUCAGACAUCGAUACAGAUGGAGUUGAAGAUUUUUUAAGUAUAGAAGUAGUUGAGAAGAAAAUGCCUAAUUUUGUUAUACUAUCUGGAAGAACUGGUCAUCUUUUAGGGCGAUAUUCACCUGAAAAUUGUUCAUCAAUUGACAUGUAUAAUCACAUUUCUAACGAUACUAUAUCCUAUAUUUGUUAUAAUAGUAACAAAAAAAGUAUUGUUAAAACAAUGACCAUUAAAGGAUUAUUACAUGCUCUAAAGUUACCAGAAGCAUAUAAACAAUCGAUAACAAAGUCAAAAAUGAUAAUUCAUACAUUUAAAACGUUAAAUGUUGAUAAUGAAAAAUAUAACUGGACGCUUACACCGUAUCAUUAUUUAUCUAUAAAAAACGAAGGAACGUGUCCUGGAGAAUCUUGUAAAGCUAAUGUAAAUUUAACGCUGCACAAAUUUGGAAAUCAACCGAUAGUAAUAUGGGAUCACAUUAGUCCAAAUUCUUUUGUAUCGAAACCAGAUUUCUUAGUUAUGUCAGGGAAACCUUAUACUUCCGGGUUCGCCAUUAAAUUUUGGCUCUGGAUUAACUCGAUCUCUGAACAUACAAAAAAAGUAUCCGUUGUAACGGAAAGAAGAUUAAUAGAAAGAGUAUUAAUAGUUUUUGUAAAUUAUACGGAUGUCCAAGUUAUGAACGCAAGUCAAAGCGAUAUUAUUCAAUUGUGUCAGGAUACCAAUUGUCAACCAGAUCUGAAUUCUCGUGUUCGUUUUAGUUCAAUCAGAAUUGAUAACAUUAGCGAAGAUGGAUUUCCAGAAUUAAUAACUUAUUGGUCCUCUUAUGAUGUAGAGUCACUAAAAGUAUUGACAUCAAAAGUACAAGUUGUAAAAUUAGAUUCACUUUUAACUAGUUUCCCACACAUAGGUGUUUAAUUAUUUUGUUUUUAUUUUCUGUAGAUUAUUAGAUUUUGUAACAUAACGUUUAAGUUAUAAACGUCUUAACAAUGAAAUGAAGAUGUAUAUUCGUUUCGUUAAAAACGAAAAAAAAAAGAAGGAACGUAAUGGUGUCAGGCCAUAAAUUUAUUAGAACUAGUCAGCACUUAGUAAUAACGCAGCAACGAUUUUCACAGGCGCCUAAUUUACCAUAAUUUUUGACGCAGUCAUUUUCAUGAUAACCAAUCAUUGUUAAUGUUUAAAUAUUCUGAACGAACUCUCAAUGGUGCCUUGCAAAAUCUAUGUACAAGAAUUAUGAGCAAACGUAUAAUAUGAAAAUUUACGUUAUUAGAGAAAAUUUAUGUUACUAGAGAAAAUUUAUGAAAAGUUUUACAUGUUUAACAAGAUUUUGAAAGAAAUAACAAAGUUCCUUUUCAAAUAUUCCUUAGUAAUGUAUGUAGGACUGUUUUACAUAUAUUUGUUCAACAUUUUGAGUGCAUUCUUUACUAAAAGAUUGAUCUUGUUGCACAUAAAUGCUAGUGCAGUAUUAUAAAAGUUGAAUAAUAAAUAAAACUCUGGCUCUAGUCA